GCUCCUUGGCCGCCCCAUGGCCCGGGAGGCUGCGGCGAGCCCCUGGAGCUGCGGAUGAGCGUAGCGCUGUCCUCCUUUUCAAGUUAGCACUUCGGAGCCGGGGCCUAGCUAGGGCUCUCCUUAGCCGCAUUCACGGUAGGGAGCCUGGCUGGGGCUACGGUUCCGGCCUUGGAGGCCCUCCUCGCUGGCCUCUGCUGGGAGACAGGCUGGCAGCGAUUCUGUGGAGUUUGCGGUUCUGUGUUGUAUGAGGCUGGGCAAUCACAUUAUAAUCACUAUGGCAACAUCAUCUGAAGAAGUGUUACUAAUAGUAAAGAAGGUGCGUCAAAAGAAACAGGAUGGGGCUCUUUACCUCAUGGCUGAAAGAAUAGCCUGGGCACCUGAGGGCAAAGACCGCUUCACAAUCAGCCAUAUGUAUGCAGACAUAAAAUGUCAGAAAAUCAGCCCUGAAGGAAAAGCUAAGAUUCAGCUUCAGUUGGUACUGCAUGCAGGGGACACAACCAACUUCCAUUUCUCUAAUGAGAGUACAGCAGUAAAAGAGCGAGAUGCAGUAAAGGAUCUUCUUCAGCAGUUGCUGCCCAAGUUCAAGAGGAAAGCAAAUAAAGAACUUGAGGAAAAGAACAGAAUGCUGCAAGAAGAUCCUGUUUUGUUUCAGCUUUAUAAAGACCUUGUUGUGAGUCAGGUGAUCAGUGCUGAAGAAUUCUGGGCCAACCGUUUAAGCUUGAAUGCUAUAGAUAAUUCUACUGCAUCUUCUAACAAACAGGAUGUGGGCAUUUCUGCAGCUUUCCUGGCUGAUGUUCGACCUCAAACAGAUGGAUGCAAUGGCCUGAGGUAUAAUUUAACAUCAGAUAUCAUUGAAUCGAUAUUUCGCACUUAUCCUGCAGUAAAAUUAAAAUAUGCAGAAAAUGUUCCUCAUAAUAUGACAGAGAAAGAAUUCUGGACACGAUUCUUCCAGUCUCACUAUUUUCAUAGAGACAGGUUGAAUGCAGGAUCAAAAGACCUUUUUGCAGAAUGUGCCAAAAUGGAUGAAAAGGGGUUAAAGACAAUGGUGUCUCAAGGGGUGAAAAAUCCUUUAUUAGAUUUAACAGCCUUGGAAGAUAAAUCGUUGGAUGAAGGUUAUGGUGCUUCCUUGGCACCUUCUACGUCCAACUCAGUCAAUAAAUCAAUAAAGGAGAAUAGCAAUGCUGCAAUUAUAAAACGCUUUAACCAUCACAGUGCCAUGGUCCUUGCAGCUGGACUCCGGAAACAAGAAGCACAAAAUGAUCACUAUAGUGAGACCAGUAGUAUGGAUGGAAAUUCCAGGGAUUCAGACUUCUUUCAGCCACCAAUAAAAAAGGUAAAACUUCAAGAAUCCAUUGAAUAUGAGGAUUUAGAAAAUAGUAACAGCAUUAAAACUAUUGCACUAAACCUAAAGAAAUCAGAUAGGUAUUAUCAUGGUCCAACACCAAUUCAGUCACAGCAAUAUGCAACUAGUCAGGAUAUUAUUAAUUCUUUGCAUAGUAUUAGACAAGAAAUGGAAAUCUAUGUCCCCAAACUAUCUCAGGUUCUCUCAAGUGGUGCUGCUAGUAGUACUAUCUCAGCCCUGUCACCUGGAGGAGCACUUAUGCAAGGUGGAACACAGCAAGCCAUAAACCAGAUGGUGCCAAAUGAUGUUCAGUCUGAACUAAAACACUUAUAUGUGGCAGUAGGAGAACUGUUGAGGCACUUCUGGUCCUGCUUUCCUGUUAAUACACCAUUCCUAGAGGAGAAGGUUAUGAAAAUGAGGAGUAAUUUGGAAAGAUUUCAAGUUACAAAACUCUGCCCAUUCCAAGAAAAAAUUCGAAGACAGUAUUUAAGCACAAAUCUGAUAAAUCACAUAGAGGAGAUGCUGCAAACAGCCUACAAUAAAUUCCACACAUGGCAGUCCAGACGUAUGCUGAAGAAGACGUGAAGACCCAUUGAGGUCAAAGUAUGAGGGGAAGAAUUUGCAAUCGCUGUAGGACCACAAUGAACCAAUAUGUAGAUCUUACAGAAAUUGCAAGAAAGUCAGCAUCAGCUGAACUGUUAAGAAUGAUGCUAACUGACCUUGCACACUUUGGGGAAAGGAUCAGAGAUCACACUUGAAAACUAUGGAGUUAAAAGGAACCAAACCAGAAGAGCUAAGUGGCAAAUAUAUAUUAAAAAGACACUGUUUACUGCAGUUACUCAGGAACUGCUUUUGAUUUUCAUAAAAAGCUGCUUUCAAAAAUAAAAAUUUAAAAGGGUGUAUUAAUAAAUCCAAGAUUGUUUGUCUGGUUUUUUAAAGUAUGGCACAGGGUAGAAUUUAACAUUUCUUUCUUUACUAUAUCCUGGCAUUUUGUUGAAUUCUGUUUAUACUUCUAGAAAUAGGCUUAAAAUUUUUAAAUGUAAUGGAGAGACUGUUCUGCCUCAAAUUCUUAAGAGCUUAAUUCCUAGAAGACAAGUUUUUGCCCUGUUUCCCCACAAAUCAGCAGCCAUUGCACUAAGAGAAGUUUGGCAUGAAAAGAGGCACACUUAGCAGACAGUGUGGGGUUCUUAUGCAGAAUUUUUACCAGCCAUCAAGUUUGCAUGUUUCUUUGGAGUGCAAGUGUGUGCUACUUCACUUCUUUUUUAAAAAAAGAUGAUUGUCUGGAGGUAAAAAUACAUUUUAAAGUAGGUUUAAGACAAUUUAGAAAGUAGUACCUUUUGUACCAUUAAGACAGAAACAAUCUUUAAAUGUACUUUUCCCACUUUUCUCCUGAUGACUGUUAGCGCUAUAUUUGGCGACUAGAUAAUCAUUGAAGAGUGAAUAUGAAAUAUUUAGAUAUAUUUGGAAUCUGCAUCAUAUUCUGAUCCAAAUAUGAGGCAUUUCACUCUUACCUAAGAUGUACCUGCCAUGUAUUAAAUACUUGACUUGUUAAAACAAAGUAAACUUGUUUUAUAUAGUCUAUGGAGUUAGACUGCUUGUAUUUCAUUGUCUUAAUGUCUUCCCCAUUAACAGAGUCUAUACUAGGACCAAGCAACUGGUUGAGAUUAUAUGUGAUGAAACCUACUGAGGUAUUUUUAAUAAAUCAAGAUGAGUUUAAUGGUGUUUAAGGGCAGUCAUCACAUUCAUUUCAGAGAUAGACACAGCUCUUUUUUUGUUCACACUGGUUCAUUUCCAGAAUGGAUUAUUAGGAGAAUUAGAAUUGUAUUACUGUGUUAACAGUGUACAUUUUGGAUUGCUACCCGUCUUGAGUAGCUAUAUACUCUAGCACUAGUCAGUUUGUGAGCCAUUACAGUUUCUCUUUGGGUAGAGUGUAUACAUGUUUAACAUGCUCUCUCAGUGUUUUUCAGUGAGUGAAAUUCUGCAACAACCAGAACUGUAAGCAAGCCAUUGUAUUUAUUUAUGCUGAAAUAAUAUUGAGAAAAUUUAAUGCAUUAUGCUUCAGAAACUUGCUGUUUGACUUUUCAGAGAGGUUGCAUGUUAUGUGCUAGUAGUUACUAAUGAUUCUGCUGCAAAACACGAACUAUUUUCUACUGAACUCAGCAGAUUAUAGUGAAUUGAGAAAAGUUGGAAUUAAUCAUGAAUGGUAAAACUGGUGCUCUUGUGGGAAUGUCAUCUUGCUAAAAACAGUUCUUGUACUAUGUAGUUACUAGUGUGUUUGGGUAAGCCCCUCAGCUAAGAGUACAAUUUAUUUUGAUGGUGAGGCACCAGUGAUGGAUUUUACCCCACACUCAGUUUUGAGCAUCAUCUCUGCAACAAAGAGUGUACUUCCAUUUGCAAACUAAACUGAGAAAUGUUUGGGGUAGGCUUUAGAGCUGAUGUGUAAGGUAUGCAUUUCCUAGUUGAUCAUGUAGCUAUUAAAGCAUAAAAGUAUAAGUUUGCACUGAUAAUUCUGAGCAAUAAUUAUUUUAAAGGUGGGUUCAAGUAAAAGUGUUGCAUAGGCAACUACUAGAUUGCCAGUUAAUUGUUUGGCAAAAUAUUUUUUUCUGUUUUUUGUCCUGGUAUUUCAAGCAUUUAUAGAAGUACCUCAAAGUUGGUGUAGUUGCAGAAGUAUCCCCAAACAGAGCUAUGCACUUUGGAUAUUUUCAGUUAUUUGACUAAGAACCACAAGUUUCUCCUAACAGAGAUGGCAAUAGCAAUCUGUCAUGCACAUACUUCCCUUAUAGUUCUUCCCUACUUUUGCUGUGUGAUCUCUGCUGAUUUCAGUACUAUUUAAGCAUGUCCAAAACUGAUGAGUGAUCAUUAACUGUGAAUUGUUUUUUGCUUAACCAUACAGUCAUUGGAAUCUGAAAUUGAACUUGUAUUUAAUGGAAACUCAUAAAACUUGUAUCACUGGCAUUGAUCAAAAGUUAUAGAAUAAAUCUGAAAUCUGUAGUCAAGUCUUUUCUGAUGCCUUAGGGUAUUUUUUUUGGUGCCCCUUCUCAAAUGCAGACAAAUAUUGAAGUUUAAAAACCAGAUUGAUUUGUGUCUUACUACUUUUGGAUGUUUCUUUAAAUUUUGAAAAUGAAUUAUGUCCAAAAACUGUAAGGCAUGUGGCAUUUUUUAAAAUUUGCAAUUUAAUUACUAAUUUAAGCUCAAAUUGUUGGAUCCAAAAUAUCACAAAUGGAGGUUUGCUCUUGCAACUGAGCUUUUAUCCCUCCCACUACAACUUGCCAUAUUUCUUCAAAUGCUGCCCCUGGAUAACAAGGAAUUCAGAGAAUAGUGCUGUGCAGAGUGUGGAUGUCUACAGUAGAAGGGAAAACUGGCAAAAACUACCCCUUUUUGCCAUAUGAAAAUGAAUCUUGGAUCCAAUUCAUAGUAUUUACAGCUGACUAUGUAUUGGUAGCCGUAGGAACUGGAUUAAAUGUUUGGGAGAGAGAGAGAUCUUUAGCUAUUUUUGUGGUUAUAUGUGGUCUUUAAAUGAGUUCAGUUUUGAAAUACUGUGAAAUCAUAUUUCUGGCACUUGAACCCAAUGUAACUGCAACCCUACCAUCUCUUCUACAUCUUAUUAAAGUUGUAGUGAAACUACUUUUUUCAGUAGAAGGCUUCUGUUGAAUACAACAUACGGUUCUGUCCUUCAGAGCCCUCAAAACUAAUACUGUCUGUGCUCAAGCCCUGGCAUCAAGAACAAGAAGACUCCACCAUUCCCUGGAAACUGUCAAGGGCUGAAGUUUUUAAGAAGCUUUUUCGUGUACUCUUUUUUAAA